UCAAUAAAGAAUAAAAAUGCGUAAAGUCAGUAAAGAAUGAAAAUGAGUGAAGUCAGUAAAGAAUAAAAAUGAGUAAAGGAUAUGCCACUGCAUACCAUAUGUUAACCUCUCAACAUUUAUUUAUUAUUCACACUACGUAGCAUGAGUGAGGUACAUGAUUGAAUCAAAGCACGCUGAUCAGUGUAAAAUUAAUGUAAGAUUGUUUGAGUUCAAAACUGUAUAAAACUACUUAAAUCUAAUCAUAGUUAAUCGAGGGGUUUAACUAUGAUCUAAUCGAGUCACUAAACUUUUACAAAUGCUUUAUUCACUCUAAUCACUAGAAUAUUAAGAAAAAUUAUGAUAAAUGCUUGGAAAUCGAAAAAUGCAUCAAAAUGUCAAAUAAAAAUUUAGGAAAAACUUGCAGAUACACGUCUCGUUUACGUUUAGGCGGCAGUCGUCGAUAAAGUCCCCGGUCUCGUAAAAAGGUGUCUUUGAAUCUAUUACACUUGGAUGUACCGAUCUUAACAUCUCAAAUCGUAGUGGAAUAAGGCUCCUCAUCCUACUUCUCAGCUAGCUGCUUGAGGAAGCGGUGGUACUAGGCUCCUAUCCCACCGAUGGUUCCAAAAACUAGAGGUGUAAAUAACCCUAUUUCGAUGUCCAACACUCGCUGCUGAUACUUCCGCUUUUUCUCAUCCUCUUGCUCUUAGAAGGUUGUGGACGCUGGCUUGCUCCGGUUUUACCUGGAAUUAACAUGCAUUAUUCUAACAUCGAAAAACGCUGUAACUCCCCUUCACCGAAAGCCCCUUGCCUUUAUGUCUAGGUCCUCAUCAAUUAUGCUAGCAUAAGUUUUGGCAUAAUUUGGAAAAAUGAGCAUAAUUUUGGCACUUUUUCCAAAAGUAGCACUACCAGCAUAAUCGGCAUAUUUUUGGUUUUUUGAAGGGAACAUUACCAGAGUCAGGACUUGCUUGGUCUCUUAGACUGAUUCUUUUCAAGUUCUGUCCAUAGUUCAGUGUAUUUUCAUUCGUCUAGGUGAGGGGAAGAAGGUUACCGCAAUACUGCGUCGUUGGUCUUUUAAACGACUGGGCACACCGGAAGUAAAGAUUGCGUCGGUCCCAGUUCCCGCUUUCACAGAGGGUGCCCCUGGUUCAUCCAUCUUCAGCGGCUUUAGAGAGAGAUUUUAGCAUGCUCUCAGCCUCGUUCAAUGAACAGCAAGAGAGUGUACUUCCAGAUUACUUACAAGCAAGUGUGAGGCUGCCAUAUAACAAGCGCUAAGCUAUAUCAGAACACAUUAAAUGUGAUACUAACAUAGUACACUUUGAUACAUUAAGUCACCACUUCUAGUCUGGAAUGAAGUGCAGAAGUUGGUUGUGCUUUAUCAGAGCAAGUGUGUAGUUCAAGAUAAAGAAAAUAUGAUGCUUUAUUAACAAUAAGUAUAUAAUUUGGGUUUUUGGAUUAAGCAUGAAAAAAAAUUAGCAUAAUUUUCAAAAAUGAACAUUAUUUUGAGCAUAAUUUGGAAAAAAAGGGAAAAAAUCGGGUACUGCUCGUAGCAUAAUAUGCUACUUUUACUGAGCACAAUCAAUAAGGGCUUACGCCAAGAAAGGUUUGAUCAUUUGCCGUAGAAUCUCAAGGUAUUACAGAUUUCUUUAAGGGGCGGUUACGCUGAAAGAGUGAAGAAAGAGCGACUCAUUUUUCAGUCGAAAGGAUCGCCACAAGAAAUAACUAGCUCAUCAUAUAGUGAAUGGUUUCUUCCAGAGAAGAGAGGGUCAAUGCAAGAGACGCGAUCGAACACCGGCGCGGCUAGAUAAAUUAAAGAUUUUCCGUAGCCAAUUGGUAACGAAACGGAGACGUAGUUAUCUACGAAAAAUGUAUCUAUGUCUUUUUGCUGUUCUUCUUGAAAUCUCUCUAUUCCGAACUUUCCUUAAAAGCUCGUCGUAGAUCACUGUUGUCCGUAAAGUUGACAAUGAAGGCACUCUGUUCACUAUAUUGUUCGUUAAUAUAAAAGAAAACCACCAGUCAGAAUUCACGAAAGAAUGGACGAAACUGUUAUCCAAUAAAAAUUCAUAAUAUAUUUUCAUGCAAAAGAGUGACUUCGUAUAACUUACGAUUCGUGUCAGGUUUUCGUAGAAUUCCCUCUUUUAUGUUUAUCCAUGAGGGGACGGCUACACGUAAGCUAGAGCUAAAUGUCUUGAGGCAACUUGAUGCCACUCACUACUAAAAUUCUGAGAUUCACUAUAAACUAGUUUCAAAACAAGACUCACGAUAGACUUGCCCUCGGAUUUUUCCAACUUUUGGCAUGAACCAUUUUACGAAAUUCCAUAGAGUGACACAACAGACCUAGGGAAGAGAAACAUAAAGUCAUUACAUUUGCCAAGUUUAGACGGAUAUGUUUAAAAGCAACGGACACUCUUUAAAUUCGAAAAAUGUUACAAGCGUUUCCUCGUGGGGGGCACAACUUCAAGAUCACACUUUGCCAACCGGAUCUCGACGAAAGUUACAUGCAAUGAUGACAAUUAGGUCUAGCUCUUAGAGUGCCAUAUGAGCAGACAACGUUUAAGAAUUUGAUGAUCUCAGAUAAAUCAAUUCAUUGGGAGAUCAAAGCUGAUUCAAACAAACAAGGACUCUGAGUCGGGAGGUCCUCGGUACUAGAGUAGAGGAGGUGAUGACGAGCUUACGUUUUUCCGAGAAUUUGAGAAUACUUGUUUUGCUGUGUUUCCUAUAGCUGUAUUUCAACUCCUGUUUUACGUGAUGGCUCAAAAUGAAAGCUAUUUUGACGAAGUUAAGAAGGAAAUAACUUGUACCAUAUGCGAUUAUCAAUUUAAUGAAGUCAAAGAUCCAAGAAUACUCAGCUGCUUUCAUACAUUUUGUAAAGACUGUCUGGAAGAUUGGCUUCGAGAACAACAAAAUGGUAGAGUGAGCUGUCCGCUAUGCCGCAAGAUCACUGAAUGUCCUGACGGCAUUGAUAGUGUUCAACCCAACUUAUUCUGCCGAAAAAUGGUGGAACUUGUAGAAUUUUACAGCGGAAAUGGACGAGAAGAGUUUCCCCAUUGUAGCAACUGCGACGAGAGUAAGCCAUUAAAAUUUUACUGUUCUGACUGCAACUGUUUCUUAUGUGACACGUGUGCUAUGCUUCACAAGAACUGGAAAAGUUUCAGCGAUCAUCGCAUUAAAGAAGUGGGUAAGUUCGAGUGUAGCGACGCGCAAGAUUUCGCUCGAAGGGCCAACUAUUGCCUUGGUGAACAACACAAUGAAGACGAGAAGAAAAUAAAGAUCAAGUAUUUCUGUGAAGAAUGCUCCGUAUGUGUUUGUCGUGACUGCGUCCUAUUAGAGCAUCGAGAUCACGACUACAUCUCAAUUGAGAAAGGAAUUGAAAAAAAGAAGGGUGAAUUAGAUGCUAAACUUCAAGAAGUUAAAAGAAACCGCUUAUGUUUAAACACCCACAAGACCUCGGUGGAAACACGAAGAGUGAAAGUAAACAACAGCAUCGAUCAGGCGACAAAUGAAGUGCAUAGGCUUGCCGAGCAUUGCAUAAUGUUAAUUCGCCAGCACGAAUCAAGCGUGACGGAAAGGCUAGCGAGGGAGAGAGCAGAUGUUCAAGGUGCAUUCACCAAGAAACUGACCAGUUUAAAUGAAAAGCUGGCGGAAAUAGACCGUGGCUUGGCAUUCAGUGAAGACGUCCUCGUCCGAAGAAAUCUUCCAGAAAUUUUGAAUGUAAAAACAAUUGUUGAGCGGAGGCUCCAAGAACUUUCAAAUCCUUUCGACUUUAUGCCAGUGCUGGAAUAUACUGAUGUUAGGUAUAUCCCAAAAGACGUAUCGCACUUGAAGGAUGCACCCGGAAGGUUAGUGUCUAGCACAACCGCGCCUUUUUUGUCCGAAGCCCAUGGCAGGGGUCUCACAGAGGGUGUCAAAGGCGAGGAUUGCAAUUUCACAGUCACCACAAAGGACUCGCGAGGAACGACCACUUACAGCGAAAUUGACAAAAUAGAAGUUGAAAUAAACUCAGUGUUGCCAUCAAACAUCGUCAUCAAAACCACCGUAAGAGACGAGUUGGAUGGCCAUUACUCUGUCCACUACAGACCAACUAGCCCCGGUGAAUUUACCGUUUCUGUCAAAGUUUCAGAGAUCUCAGUCAAAGGCAGUCCUUUCAUGCUGACAGUGAGGAGCGAAAAUAGGUCUAGAAAGAAAACGAGGCCGAAACCUAACUAUUUGGGGAAAUUGCCCAUUGUUGGCUCCUUUAGCUAUACUAGAAUGUCCUCGGGUGCAUCGGAAUCUUUGGUGGAUGAAACGAGUUCUUCAAGCUUAGCAAACAAUUUGAGAGCUGUUAAAUUGGACAAGGAAAAAGGUUCUUGUCCUAUUUGUCUUGACUCACUGACAAAUCCACGAACGUUGCUUUGUAACCAUUCUUUCUGUGGACCAUGCAUCGCGGAGGCCCGGGAUAAACAUAAGUACAACAAGUGCCCGGUGUGUUUUGAAUUUCAAGGUGUCGUGAAAGGAAACCAGCCACCUGGAGAGAUGACGCAUCACCUUGAAUCCCAAAGUGUUUCUGGCUAUGAAGGUUAUGGCACAAUUGUCAUUGAGUAUAACUUUCAAUCCGGAAUUCAAGGCUCGGAACAUCGUAAUCCAGGAGUUCGUUAUCAAGGUUUGGGUAUCCAGACCCAGAUUAUCUUCGGCAAGUCAAGGAAGAUCUGGCUGCUAAAGGAAUCCGCUAAGAAAAGAGUAGGAAAUCUCCACUUUUACCAUAGUAACAUUCAAAUAAACCAAUUAUUUCACGGUACCAUUAGAUGGACUGAUAAUUUUUGUACCCUUGUAAAAACGAUUUUAAGAAUUACGGUAAAUCAUCUAUUAAGCCCCCCCCCCUCUGAAAAGCCACCCCCCUCUAAUGAGUCCCCCCUAUCAAGCCCCCUACCCCUCCGCCCUCAAAAAACAAAAAUUCAAAAUAACACUCCAUGUCAAUAAGUACGAUAAAUUUAUUCGAUUACUUUAAUUUUAGUUCGUCAUUUAUGAUUGAUUAUGGUGAUUGAUUUAUUGAUGUUAUCAUGUUGGCAUCAGUAGAGUACGGUAUAUGGAGUUACAAUUUAAUAAUAUGAUAUAAAAAAUGUAGAAAGAGAACAAUAUUUGAACAAAUAUGGUACAUCAUUUCCUAUUGUAUCCUGGUAGAGAACAUCGGGCUAAAUUAAUAACCCCCCCUCUAUUAAGUACCCCCCUCUAUUAAGCCCCCACCUCCAAU